CUAAUUGAUAUCAAGUUAUUGGAAGCAGUUGUGAAUAAGUUUAAUGUUAGUUCUCUGAGACCAGCUAUUCAGGAAUAUGAAAGAAACAUGAAAGAAUUUUGUGAAAAUGUGCCACUCCGUAGAUGUCUUGAUGAAAAUUUUUCCGAAAGCUCACUUCUUUUAUGUGAAACAAUUACUUUCAUUAUUGAUGGAGAUGUUGAUGACUACACUGUAAGUGAUGUUAAAUGUAUAAUCAGCAGAAUUUUUUCUGACGUUGCUCCACAUGUGAAAUUGACUGUAGUUCGAGAAACUGAGUCCUUCGUUAUUACAUGUUCCUUUCAGCUCAUUCAUUCUCAUUUACUGAUUAGUGCUGCUUUUGAAAAUAUUGCCAAGACAGAUAUGAAAGACGUCUUACAGAUAAAAAUUGGGUAUUGUAUUGUUUAUGAUGCAAGAAACAUAAACAAAGAUGAAGAAAUAUCAAUUUAUACCUGCAAAGGUGCUUUGGAACAACUGGUAUUGUCAAUGAGUAUUCAUCAAAACCUAAGAACAUCUGGUUGCUUUACAGAAAAUGAUGAAAAAUUGAUUAAUGUGAUGCUUGAAAUAAAGAAGCUGAGGGAAACGCUACAAACUAAUGAAAGAUUAAAGCGAGGGUAUAUUUAUGAGAUUGAAACUUUGAAAUCUGCUAAAGAAAAUAAAGUGUUUUUAUCUAGAGAAAAGGAAGCAAAAGAUAAUUCUGAUUUAACAGAUCAAAAACAGAAGAAAAAAGAAGAUGAACAAGCUGAGAGAAUAGAGUUAUUAAGAGAUGAAAUAAAACUUUUGCAAAAAAGAUUGAGUGCCAAAGAGUCUGCAAAUGAAGAAAGAAGUGGCAAAAAGAUACAAAUGCUAAGCAUAACUCAUCUUACAGAAAUGUACAACUUGUUGCAGACGCAUAGCGUUUCUGUUAAAAUAAAUUACCAAAAGUUGGGUUUAUGUUUGGGGGUCAAAUCUAAUACACUAGAUACUAUUAGUCAAGAAAGUCAUGGUGAUGAUGAUGAAUGUCUAAAGGGAUGCCUUAAGGCAUGGCUAGAGCAAGUUGAUGAUGUUCGAAUGAAAGGUCCUCCCACAAUAUACUCACUGAUUCAUGCUCUAAGAAGAAUUGGAAAUUAUGUUAUAGCUGAUCAAAUUGAUGAAGAAAAGCACCCUGCUUGUGCUAUUUUCAAUGAGUAUGCAUCAAAUGAGACUAUUGUUAAAGCAAUACCUAGUUUUAUUGCGACUCUUCAGAAUGAAAAAGUCAUAACCCAAAUACCUGCAAAUGGAGCUGAAGUAGCAAAAGUGAAAGAAUCCAUAUGUGCUGAUCACAGUAUACUCGAAAAACUUGCUUCUAUUCUACAAAAAUUUGAUCGUACUAAAGAAGUAGCAACAAAAAUGAAAAAUGAUUACCUUAAACACUUUGGAUCUAAGUCUACUUCUGGUAUUAAAAUUAUAAAGAUAUCGAUAGCACUGCCUGAUUUACAAACAGUGAGAGCUGAGUAUGCUAACAUUGUGGCCAGUUGCCGUAAAGCAAUGAGUACAAUUAAAUUGCAUGAAUUGAAAACAUAUUUACGCAAUGGUUAUGCUCUUCACCUUGAUGACAGUAAAACAGAAGAUCAUGCACUUGAUUUCAUCUGUGACAAGUGUUCAUUGGUUAACGUCACUCCUUUGAAAAAACUUGCUCAACAAUUCAGCAUUCAUGAAGCAAUUGACCUCAUUCAGAAAUACGAUGAAGUUGUUACUAGAUUUUGUGAAGAGAAGUUGCUGGAGCCAAACAAAGAGCACUGUGAGGCAUCACAUAUGCAGUCUAAAAUUGUGGUUGUUCCUGUUGAUAAAAAUAUAAACAGAAGAAGUCUAGAUGAUACUAGAAUGCUAGCAUCACAUGCAUUCUCAGAUAAAGUGCAAGUGCUUGUGAUUGGAAGGGACACUGAUUUAUAUUAACUUGUAUAUGCGCCUAGCUCUACAUUUUAGUGUUCUUAUAUACUUGUAAUAUAUAAUGUCUUGUCAUAUAUAAUGUUUAUUUUGUAAUAGCUUUAAGUUCAGAUAUGUUAUUGUAACUGCUGCUUUAAUAAUUAUAUAUUUCCCAAAAUAAUAGUAUUAAUCAA